GCCAGUUGAAUUUGUCAUGGGGUCCAUUGCUAUUGCAUUUCUUACAGUCGGCGAGCUUGCCCCUGCUACAGUGGAGAAAUAUGGUCACCUAGUCGACUUGUUUCGGGGGUUGUUCUCUCAGUCUUCCCCGUCGACAACCAAGGCCGAGAAGGUGCAACUGGUUCUCGAAGAAUGGAACCUCCGGGACGGCAACUGGCCUUCUCCUGAAGAUUUAGACAGGUAUCAAGGAGUUCUCAUUCCCGGGUCCGCCGCUUGUGCCUUCGACGACACAUUGCCUUGGCUACAGUCAUUGCUCUCGCUGACUAAGACCGUGUACUAUAACAAACCCCACAUCAAGCUCAUUGGAAUCUGUUUUGGUCAUCAAGUCAUUGCCAGGGCUCUUGGUGGACAAUGCGUCAAAAACGAGAAAGGCUGGGAAAUAGGCGUGGCCGAAGUCACGCUGUCCGAAACCGGACGUAAGUUAUUUGGACGCGACGUACUGAGAAUCCAACAGAUGCAUCGUGACCAUGUCCCUGUGUCGCCAAGUCCUGAGUUCUUGGUUAUUGGUUCGACGACUAUCGCACCCAUCCAAGGUCUUGUAAAAUACUACCCGGGCUCAGCAGACGUGCACGUCUUCACGUUACAAGGACAUCCGGAAUUCAGCCUAGGCUCCGAUAUUGUGACCAGAAUCAUUGACGAUCGCGAGGCAAAUGGCGUGUUUGAGAAAGCCUUGGCGGCGAAGGGACGGGCGCUUGCACGGCAAGAGAGCGAGGGCAUCUCAAUCGUCGGACAGCUGUUAUGGAAAAUAUUGGGCGAGGGCGCACCACAAUGAUAUACUUGUUCAUACAUUACAACGUAGACGGCAAUGAUAGGAGAACGCUAUGUUUU